AUGCAUCUCAUGUACACCCUCGACGCCGCCGGCAAGCGCAACUAUACCCUCAAGAAAAUCGCCGAGGGCGAGGUCACCAAGUCCGCGCACCCCGCCAGGUUUUCUCCUGACGACAAGUACUCGCGCCACCGAGUUACGCUGAAGAAGCGCUAUGGGUUACUCCUGACGCAGCAGAAGGAUUUGAAGGUUUUGGGGCAGUAA